AUAAAUCAAUUGCACAAGUGCAUGAUUUGUAUAACCAAAGUGCUGAACUGUCCCAUUACAGACAGAUUUCAUUAAAGACAUUUAGAUCACUUUGGAAUGACCUAUGUCCACAAAUUGCGCUGGCAAAGCCAAUGACUGACUUGUGUAUGACAUGUCAAACAUUUGGGUCUAAGUUAAGUCAAACAGGCCAAUUUACUGAUGAACAAAAAAAUGAAAUUGUCAUUAGUUAUAAGUCCCACUUGGAUCUGGCUCACAAGCAAAGAGAACAGUACAGAGAGAUGACAGCGAGUAGCAAGCAAAUUUUCUUAAAUGAAAACUUACAUGAAGGGGCCGAGCCUUGUAGCAGAGACAUCUGCUACCACUAUUCAUGGGACUUUGCACAGAAUGUGCAUUUCCCCCAUCAUGCACAGCAAGUGGGCCCAAUAUACUUCUGCAGCCCCAGAAAAUGCCAUGUCUUUGGCAUGUGUGCAGAAGGGUCAGGAAAACAAGUGUUCUAUCUAAUCGAUGAAGCAGAACUGCCAGAGAAGGGUGCUGAAAGUGUUGUCAGCUUGGCUCACCAUCAUUUCCAACACUUUGGUGUUGGAGAAAAGCAUGCAGAGAUCCACUUUGAUAAUGCAGUUGGACAAAACAAGAACCACACAGUGAUUUGGUAUGCCAUGUGGCGGACUCUGACAGGACUCCAUGAAACCAUGAGCCUGAACUGCAUGAUUACUGGACACACCAAGUUUGCCCCAGACUACCACUUUGGCAUCUGGAAGCUUAAGUGAAGGUCAUCCAAUGCAGAGACCAUGGAGGAGAUUGCUGGUAGUGUUACAGCUUCAUCAAAGUCAGGCCACAAUGUUCCACAGCUGGUCCAAGAUGACAACAAACCGGUUGUCUUCUUCGCUUGGAAAACUUACCUGGAACAGUUUUUCAAGCCAUUGAAAAACAUAACCAAGUACCACCAUUUUACUAUGGAUCGGUCGAAACCAGGUAUUGUUACCUGUAAGGAGAACAUGGAUUCGGAAGAAAUGUGUUUCAAUAUAUUGAAGCCUUUGAGUCCGGCAGCUGGAGAACUCCCACCCACCAAACCAGCCCCGGGCCUUGACCUGCGCAGACAGUGGUAUUUGUAUGACUCAAUUAGCCCAUUCUUCAGAGCAUACAAUGCCAGG